AUGACGGGAGCAGGACCCCGGCCCAGAUGUCGCCGUGUCCCCGCAGUGGCCGAGGCCGUGGCCCGCCGCCUGCGCGGGGGGGUGCUGGAGCGGGAGGGGACAUCGGUGGCCGUGCUGCAGAGCGACACCCGCGACCACUACAGAACCUUCCAGAUGCUGGAGCGGCUCCUGCACGCGCCGCCGCGGCUGCUGCAGCAGCUCCUCUUCCAGAUCCCCCCCGAGCGACAGGCCCUGCUGGUGCAGCGGUACUACGCCUUUGACGAGGUCCUGGCCCGGGAGCUGCUGGGCAAGAAACUCUCCAAGGGCACCAAGAAGGAGCUGGACGAGGUCAGCGCCCGCACCGGGGUCGGGAUCCGCAGCUGCCGCCGCCAGUUUGACAACUUCAAGAGGGUCUUCAAGGCCGUGGAGGAGCUGCGGGGACCCCUGGCCGAGAACAUCCAGCAGCUCUUCCUGCUGCCCCCUCCCCUCGCCCGCUCGGCCCUGCGGGGGAAAAUCUCGGUCUACAACGAGCUCGAGGCCAAUUUCAAGGCACUGUCCCGGGCGCUGGUGAACGUGGGGGGGAAGUUGACCCACGCCCGCGACGUCCGGGAUUUCUUCGUGGACCUGGUGGAAAAGGUGAUCGAGCCGUGCCGCUCUGACAAGUGGAGCCCUGGGGACCUGCGGCUCUUCCUGGCUCAGUACACGGCGGCCCCGCGCAACCUGGCGGCCUUCAGGCACCAGGCGCUGUGGGAGCGUUACAUGGCGGCCAUCAGCGCCUGCCUGCUGCGCAUGUACCACGACUGAGCCCCAAAAACCGGCACCCCAAAACCGGGACAGCCCCAGAAACCGGCACCCCAAAAACCGGGACAGCCCCAGAAACCGGCACCCAAAAACCGGCACCCCAAAAACCGGGACAGCCCCAGAAACCGGCACCCCAAAACCGGGACAGCCCAAAAAACCGGCACCCCAAAAACCGGCACCCCAAAACCGGGACAGCCCCAAAAACCGGCACCCCAAAAACCGGGACAGCCCCAGAAACCGGCACCCCAAAAACCGGGACAGCCCCAAAAUCC